AUGGCGCGGUCGUUCACGGGCAGACAGAGAAGGCCUCCUAUCUCCAAGGGUCGCGGCAGGGGAUUCUAUGGCCGAAGAUCUCGAGGCAACGCGUCCCGUGGCCAGAGCAGCAAUAUCUCAUCAAGGCCGACUUAUUCCAGAGCGACUUCGGUCAUUACUAGCCAAAGCGCUCAGAAUGAGAGAGUGUCCAGUAACGCGAUUCCGGAGAGCGAAAAUAAUACCCGGGAGGAGCGGUUGGAGGAUGACGAUGAUGAUCUUUGUAAGGUCGUCAUGGCCGUAGAUAUCAAAGAUCGGGGAACCAUCGGUUGCAGUUACUACUCCGCCCAGGAAGAGAAACUAUACGUCAUGGAAGAUAUAACUUACGGUGAACUCGAUAUGAUUGAUAUCUUAAAGCUGGAGGUUGAGCCAACGGUACUGUUGCUAUCAAUGAGAGCUGAUCAAGGCCUGGAAGACCCUACAACUGCAGGAAAUGCAAAUCGUACAGCUUCAGACAUAGACGUGCGUCCGACACAGGAAUUUGGAUUUGAAAAUGCAAAGACAAAACUCUCUUCGUUGAAAAUUAAUUCAAAAGCAGACGAGAUGGUCAAGUUUCUUAUUCCAGGAAAUAGCUUCUCUUAUGAUGGUGAUGUUACUGGAGAUACCGUCGAUUUCACCGAAGAGCAAGGCGAUCUGUUACAUAUUGGCGGGCUCGUUGACAUGGAGAACCGCAUCUCCGUCGGGUUCAUUAACAAGGACACUCUAGCAUCGCUUCAAAUAAUACAGUCGGAGUCCCAUCCAAACGCAUUCAACCAGGGCCCCGGCAAAACCUCAUCCAGCUCAAAGGAGGGCCUAUCUAUCUAUGGCCUCUUUCAUCAUUUUGCGAGGACACCUCAAGGGAAGCGCUUAUUGAAGCAGUACUUUCUCCGUCCAAGCAUUGACGCCAAUGUCAUAUCCCAGAGACAUGACUUCAUCAGCGCAUUCUUACGGCCAGAAAACGAUCCUCCACUGGGGAAGAUAAUCAAGAGUCUGAAGAACAUCAAGAAUUUAAGGCCAGUGAUGGUCCAUUUGCGAAAAGGUAUUAGCACUGGAAGUGCGAAAUUCAGGGGAUUCAAGGGUGUGGUGUGGUCAACUCUCCUCGAUUUCGCAUUUCAUGCCAUCGAUGUGAAUCAAUCAUUAAAAGAGGUUACUGGGGCACAAACAUUGGACAUCUACAUCAAAGCCCUAAUUAAGCUCGAUUUAGUUCAACUACACCAAGUCGGUAGUGCAAUUCACGAGAUUGUUGAUCUUCCACUCUCAAUCGAGGAACACCGAACAGUUGUGCGGCCAGGAGUUGACAGAGAACUUGACAAAUUGAAGGAAACGUAUAGUGGAAUGGACAAUUUACUCAACCAAGUGGCUGUCAAUAUUGCUGCAUCCCUCCCUGAAGGAAUAAACAAGGAGAUAAACGUUGUCUACUUUCCUCAGCUUGGAUUCAACAUCGCCAUCCCAUUCGAUGAAAGGGGUAUACCAGUAUAUGGCAGCAAAGAUGAGAACUGGACUCAGGUAUUUAACACAGAAAACAGAGCUUAUUUCAAAGAUUCUAGAAUGCGUGAGAUGGACGAAAAACUCGGCGAUAUAUACGGCCUUAUAUGCGAGAAAGAAAUAGAAAUUGUGUACAAACUUGCGCAGGACAUCCUAACAUAUGAGAAGAUGCUCGUUAGUGCCUCUGAUAUAUGUGGGGAAAUUGAUAGUCUUCUGGCUUUUGUCCAGGGUGCCAGUUUGAAAAAACUUGUACGGCCACGCAUGACUGAUGAUAAUACCAUUGCCAUUAAAGGGGGCCGACAUAUCCUCCACGAAACUACAGUGUCGUCCUUUGUACCGAAUGAUACGUUUAUUGUCGGGGGUAAUGGUUCUAGGGCAGCUGGCGACAACGCGUCCAAUACAGAACAGCCCAAUCCUAUCGACGAGGCCACUCAGGGCCCAAGCAUGCUUUUGUUGACUGGUCCCAAUUUCUCUGGAAAAAGCGUUUACCUCAGCCAGUAUAAACCAGUGCUAACCAUUCUUCCAGCUUUGUUCCAGCAGAGAGCGCCACAAUUGGUUAUACGGAUAGGAUACUGA